CAGGCAUAUAAUAAUAUGUCCAUGGCUGUUGGACUUUACUCAGUUGGCAUUCCGUUUUCUGAAAUUGGUUUUUAUUAUUUUUUACUUAAAUUUUUGAUGUAAAGCGAAUCAGACAACACCAGACCAACUCCAGCUAUGGAGGAGACCGUAGUCGCCGACAAACAAACAAGGAAACUACUUGUCAAGACAUACAAGGUGACCAUCAUUAUGCUGAUCAUUGGGCAGAUUCAGGUUUCGGUUUUCAUGGAAAUAAAGCCCGUCAAGAAGUUCCUCGAGGAGCACUACUAUGUCAGCCUGGUGCAGUUCUUCAUCAGCUUCAUAUCCAUCCAGUUGUAUGUGUUCUUUUACCACAUCAUCGUGCACAAGUCCGCCUGGAAGCGCAUACUGGCCGGCGUCUGGACGUUCGAGGUGAACACCAUAUCCAUCAUGAAGCCCGCCAAGACGGCGCCGUAUAUUAGCUUCAUCGUCUCCUUUGUGCUCACCUUCAUUAUCAUGGCAAUCAGUCUGUGCUACGGAAAUUUGGCAGCUAACCAUCGGCGUGGUCUCUUCAUGUCACGUCACAAUGUGAUCCGGUGGAGCGAACGUCUGUUUGUCCUCACCAGCUUUGGCAUCAUCGUGUGCUCCGAGAUGAAGCGAGUCACCAUCGAGUUCCCCACCCUUCUCAUCUACACUAUGCUGUCGAACAUUUUUGUGGUGAUAUUUGCCGCCUCGAUAAGGAAAAGGAACUUCUAUCACUACGAGACACCAGCAGAUCACAUACUCAUUGGACAGCUGUAUUACCUGAAUUUCUAUGCCCUCUACAUGGGCUAUGUGUGGACGACAGCUUCCGGGCUCGAGCUAAUGGAUUGGCAUAUCAGCAUUCUAGAUUUAUUUAAAUAGACGGUGCCAGCGCCAUCAGUAGUGUGACAGUGGCCCGGAAACGGGAGAACAAUUUCUGAAUCGAUGUACGCCAAUCCGGAGCAUGCGCCGACUAUCGGAACAGCUGGGCCAACCGAAAUAUCGUGUCGCAGUGUUUACAUCGUCCUGUCCUGGUCGCAUCGCCCACAGUUGCCCUGUGUAUUGCACUUGGCCCGGUUGCAAUCAGAACGGCACAGAACAGAACGUAUUUUGGUUCGGUUCGGUUGAGUGGUAACAGACCGAGAUCUGGGUGUGCACGUGCGCGUCCAACGGCUGAAAAUCAAUACAUAUUUUCCAACUACGCGCGAUUCCAACUUAAAAAGUAAAUAAAUAAAUGGCAUUCAACGUGAGAGUUUGCUGCGAAUCUUCG